CGGAUAUAGUGAACGCAGGGUCCUGGGAGACCGGAUAUAGUGAAUGCAGGGUCUGGGGAGACCGGAUAUAGUGAAUGCAGGGUCUGGGGAGACCGGAUAUAGUGAAUGCAGGGGUCCGGGGAGACCGGAUAUAGUGAAUGCAGGGUCUGGGGAGACCGGAUAUAAUGAAUGCAGGGUCCUGGGAGACCAGAUAUAGUGAAUGCAGGGUCCGGGGAGACCAGAUAUAGUGAAUGCAGGGUCCUGGGAGACCAGAUAUAGUGAAUGCAGGGUCCUGGGAGACCAGAUAUAGUGAAUGCAGGGUCCGGGGAGACCAGAUAUAGUGAAUGCAGGGUCCUGGGGAGA